AUGGCAGAAUCAUUCGCUAAAUUUGAUCAUUUACUCGAUAAGCGUUUACUGCGCUCACUCGCGGAUAUGGGAUUCGCAACACCCACGCUCAUACAAGCCAAAGCAGUCCCAAUCGGCGUUGACGGCAAGGAUAUUCUUGCUCGUGCAAAGACAGGAUCUGGGAAAACGCUGGCGUAUUUGCUGCCAAUUGUUCAGAAUCUACUCCGUGAUAAGGAGAAAGAGAGCGAAGAUGUUCAUAAACCUGCUUGCAGAGCUUUGAUUUUGGUUCCUACGAGAGAAUUGAGUGAACAGAUAAGCUCACAUCUUAAAUCACUCGUUAAAUAUUCAUCCAAUGAAAUAUCUCAUGUGAACCUCGCUGGGUCCGGAACAGACAACAAAUUUCAACGUUUACUCCUCAGUGACAAACCUGAUAUAGUUAUAAGCACGCCAUCGAGACUUAUUGGUCAUCUCCAAUCAAAGGCUAUUACCCUUGAUAGCUUGAAAUGCUUGACUAUCGAUGAGGCUGAUUUGAUUCUGUCGUACGGUCACGCAGAUGACGUUAAGGCGCUACUUAAAGGUGGUUAUCUGCCAAAAAUCUACCAAUCCUUCCUCAUGUCUGCAACUAUGACUAGUGAUGUUGAUAAAUUGCGCGGAAUGGUCCUCAGAAACCCUGCUAUCCUAACUCUCAGAGACGACGAAGAUGGCAGCAGCAACCUCAAACAAUACUACGUAAAAUGUCCAGAGAAUGACAAAUACCUCCUCACUUAUGUUAUACUCAAGCUCAAGCUGAUCAAAGGAAAGGUUAUCAUGUUUGUCAAUAGUGUUGAGAGAGGUUUCAAAUUGAGGCUGUUCCUUGAGGCUUUCGGUAUUAGAGCCGUUGUCCUGAAUAGGGAGUUACCCAUCAAUUCACGUUUUCAUAUCGUUCAAGAAUUUAACAAAGGAGUGUAUGAUUACAUGAUUGCUACAGAUGAGGCUGGUGCUUUCGAUCAACAGGAGGAAGAUGAUGAGGAGAGCGAUGAAAGUGAAGAUGAUGAAAACAGCUCAUCAGACGAGGAUGACGACGUGGACAAGGAGAUUGACGCUGUGCUUUCUUCCGCAGAUGAAGAAGAUGCAGCUGUCGCCAUUCCGUCAGCAGCUGCGCCUAAGAAACGCAAAAGAGAGAAAGGUAAAGAGAAAGAGGACAGCAAAGACACCAAGGAAAGUAAGAAAGCCAAAACUACCAAGAAGGGUGAAAAAGAGUUUGGUGUUUCUCGUGGUAUUGAUUUCGUCGAUGUUGCAUGCGUCGUCAACUUUGAUUUACCAAAGAACAUGUCGUCAUAUGUACACAGAGUUGGUAGGACUGCAAGAGCUGGUCGCACAGGUAUCAGUUUGUCAUUCGUCGUUGACAACGAGAAGAAGAGCAAGAGAAAUGAGGAGAAAUUUUGGAAGAGAAUAGCUAAGAGACAGGAGAGCAAAGGAGGUGUGCAUAACUGGGAUUUUGAUUGGAAACAAGUUGAAGGAUUCAAGUAUAGAGUUAGUGAUGCACUCAGGAUGGUGACACCACAUGCUGUCAGAGAGGCUAGAGUGAAGGAGUUGAAGAAUGAGAUAUUGAAUAACGACAAGUUAAAGGCGCACUUUGAAGAUAAUCCAAAUGAUUAUGAAUUCUUAAAGCAUGAUAAGCCAUUACAUCCAAUGAGACAGCAGCCACAUCUCAAACAUGUUCCUGGAUACUUGAUGCCACGUAUAGCAGGAGUCAAGCAGCCAACGACACCGAAUCUUAACCCAGACAAGAUUGGAUUUAACAAGCGUAACAAGAACAAGCAAAAGAAGAAGGAUCCGCUUAAAAAGUUUUCUAGAAAGUAG